ACUCUGGUUCCAGAUCUGAAGCCUUCUGGGUUCUGUGGGUACUCACAUGUGUGGUGCACAAACAUACAUAUGUGUCAAGCAAAACACCUAUACACAUACAAUAAUUUAAAAAAUGAAAUUUAAAGAGUACAUUAGGCCAGGAGAUGAUUCAGAAGGUAAGAUGUUGCCAUACAAACAUGGGAACUUGAGUUCAGUCCUGGGAAUCCGCCUAAGGAUAGAAGGAUUAAAAAGUGGCUGGACACAAGCGUCUGGCCACCAGCUCGGAACUUGUCUGCGCGCGGCGGGCUGGCAUCGGGCCCAAGGCGAGCGGAGCAGGUCCACGAGCCCGCCGCGGCGGCAGCGCCUCUCGCAGCAAGAAUUGAGAGGACUGUGCGGCGAGGGAUAGGCCCAGAAUAACAACCAGAAAACAAAAUUUCAUCAUGGCCAAUGUCCACCAGGAAAACGACGAAAUGGAGCAGCCCCUGCAGAAUGGGCAGGAAGAACGCCCUGUGGGAGGAGGUGAAGGCCAUCAGCCUGCUGCAAACAACAACAACCACCACCACCACCGAAGAGGACAGGCCCGCCGACUUGCCCCUAACUUUCGAUGGGCCAUUCCCAACAGGCAGAUUAAUGAUGGGCUGGGUGGAGAUGGAGAUGAUAUGGAAAUGUUCAUGGAGGAGAUGAGAAAAAUCCGGAGAAAGCUUAGGGAGCUGCAGUUGAGAAAUUGUCUGCGUAUUCUUAUGGGGGAGCUCUCUAACCACCAUGAUCAUCAUGAUGAAUUCUGCCUUAUGCCUUGACUUCGGUCAUUUCCCCUGAGAUUCAUACUGUGAUUCCCGCUGUAUUCCUUUUCCUAGCAUUUUCCUGACAUGCCUUUAAUGACCCGUUUGUGGUGAGCCUUGUGUUAUUUCCAUGUGCCAGGUGGGGCUUGUGUUGCCAGCUUCUAAUCGGAAAUUGCCUUCCCACUCAGUGUGAGUUUCUGUCAGCAGUACAGUGUUGCCCAUUUGCAUGGAAAAAAUGUAAAGUCAAUAAAGCAACUGAAAAGCA